CCCCACUCCCUGCCUCUGAGCUGUGGAGUCCAGAGUCCAGGCUGGUUGGUAGCGGACGGACCAAGGGAUGGGGGAGCCUAACGCCGGACAGACACCCUGACCCCCGGGACAAGGACCCCCACAACCACGCUAACACCAUGGACUAUGUCAGCGCCCUGGCCCCCGCCUCCCUGCUGCAGUCGGUGUCCAGCGCCGGCUCGGAGCUGACCCGUCGGGUCUGGGCCCCCCGUGCUCCCCCCCAGCGCCCCUUCCGCGUCUGCAACCACAGGCGCGGGGGCCGCACGGGGCUGAUGGCCGGGACUCUGCAGGAGCUGCUGGCCAAGGCGAUGGAGGCGCUGCUGGUGGCAGGGCUGGCAAGGCUGGUGCUGGAGGAGGACGGGACGGCGGUGGAGAGCGAGGCCUUUUUCCAGACGCUGCCCCCCGACACGGCCCUGAUGCUGCUGGGCGCCGGGCAGACCUGGAGCCCCCCGCGGGUGAGUGAGCCCAGCCCCACCCUCCGUCCCCCCCAUCCCCCAUACAGCCCCUACAGGGGAGACCCCACAAACACACCCCAGCCCCCCACAACCCCUGCAAUGGAGACCCCCCCAGCUCCAAACUGA